AUGUCGGACGAGGUAAUUUGGCAAGUUAUUAACCAAGAAUUUUGCUCUUAUAAAGUCAAAACUACAACGCAAAAUCUUUGCAUAAACGAAUAUAAUGUUACUGGGUUAUGUAAUAGACAAUCAUGUCCUUUAGCAAAUAGCCGAUACGCGACUGUUCGUGAAAUUGAUGGCAUAUUAUAUUUAUAUACAAAGGUCAUAGAGAGAGCGCAUACGCCAGCGCGUAUGUGGCAACGAAUUAAGUUAUCAAAAAAUUAUGCUAAAGCGUUAGAGCAAAUCGAUAAAGAAUUAUUAUAUUGGCCAAAUUUUUUGAUUCACAAAUGUAAACAACGCGUAACCAAAAUUACUCAAUAUUUAAUACGGAUGAGAAGACUAAAAUUGAAAGAUAGACCACAACUUGUUGGAAUUAAAAAGAAGAUCGAAAGACGUGAAACUAAACGAGAAAGAAAGGCCGAAGAUGCGGCAAGAAUAGAUAAAGCAAUUGAAAAAGAAUUAAUUAAUCGUUUGAAAAGUAAAGCUUAUGGUGAUAAUCCAUUAAAUGUUAAUGAAGAAGUUUGGAAAUCAGUUUUAGAGGGUGAUAACCUUGAAGCCGAAGAUGAUAUGACUGAUGAAAGUGAUGUUGAAGAUUUAGAGGAAAAUGAAUCAAGCGAUUAUAGUGAUAUACUUGAUGCUUUAGAAGAAAUUAGUGAAGAUGAUGAUGAGGAAGUCGAAAAACCAAACGUCAAGGGUAAAAGAAAAGGUACAGAGGCUAAAGAAUCACGACCGAAGAAAAGACGUGGUAAAUAUGUUGAAGUUGAAUACGAGCAUGAGCAAUCAUUAUCCAAAGUACCUACUUGGUGA